CAAAAACCUCAAGUACCUCUCCUUGACAUUUGCUAGGUUUCCCUGAGCACUUUCUGCAUUCAAAAGUUUUGGAAGCAUUGUUUCCAUCCUUGGUUAACCCUUGAGACUACAUUUGUGAACUUGAGCUAGCAGCAUAAUGGAUAAGGUGGUACAGAUGGUAUCAGAGAAGCCAGUGGUGAUUUUCAGCAGGAGUUCCUGCUGCAUGUGCCACACCAUCAAAACCCUUUUCAGUGACUUUGGAGUGAAUCCAAAUGUUCAUGAACUUGAUGAGAUACCUAGAGGGAAGGACAUUGAGCAAGCUCUUUUAAGACUAGGAUGCAACCCCUCUGUGCCUGCUGUCUUCAUUGAUGGUAAGCUCGUUGGUGGAACCAAUGAAGUCAUGAGCCUCCACCUAAACCGGACCUUAAUCCCAAUGCUUAGGAACGCAGGUGCUCUUUGGGUUUGAUACUUCAAUAUUAACCUUUCUCAUCAGCUACUAAAAAUCUGUUUUGGUUACAUGUAUAAUUAUGGUGAGGUUAUAUGCAAGGCCGGCCAGAUCCAUUAUAGAAUGCAUGUAUAUUAGUACAACAGAGUUUAUGUAUGUGCUACUAAUCUGUAAUAAAUAAUAAGGCUAAUUGACUCGACUGAUAAAGGUGUCAUUUAAUUAGCCUUUUCUAAUGCAGUAUUCUGUUUAGCUAAUUAUAAUAAACUGACGGAAUGAACUUUGCAGA